UUGCCAGAGCCGAAAUAUUUUUGUGCCUUUCAGACAAAUUGAAUUGGAAUCUGACAAAAACAGAUGAUUGAUGCAAGGGAAAAAACCUAAUUGCGCACAUGUGUGUUGAUUUCUUCCUGUUCUUCCAAAACCUUACAACGAUUGAAUGCGUGGAUUUGCUAACAAAUAUCAGAGUCACCAUCGUUCAAUAAUCGAAUAUAAACGGUCGCUAAUUUUUCUCUCUCUCCGUGUUUCGGUUGAAACUGUUCUGUAAUUGAGCAACUUGAGCAGCAGCUGGGAAACGUUCACUUUGGGGAGAUUUCAGAUAUUUUCUUUUGGUGAUGGUUCUUUAAUCACCGCCGCAUGUGAGCAGGACUCCCCUGAUGUUGAAAAAAAAUUUUGCUCGGUGAUAAGUAACCGUGUAAUGUAUACAUAAAAUGCGCGUGCUGGGGCAAGGGCAAACAAGUUAUUAUAAAGGAAUUGUGCAAAACUAAAGUACUUGAAAAAGAUUCGUAACGCAAGACGGUAUGAUUCUGUUAACUCUUGCGAUUGCCUUAUUUAUGUUCACCAUGAAGUCAUUCGCUGACUUCCGUUGCCCCGUUCUGGAGAAGCAGACGUCAUGCACGUGCCGAGAAGACGUCUGGUGGAACAAUGACAGACUGACCAUCGUGAACUGCAGCCAUGCAAAUCUAAAAACGAUGCCUAAUUUAUCAUCCCUGUCAAACCGCAACGUGACAAAGCUUUUACUGCGCGGAAACAAUAUAUCUUCAAUCUCCCUAUCGGAUUUGGGUUUUAAGAACAUCACAGAGCUAGAUUUAAGCAAAAACACAUUGGAGAACCACGCCAUCGGGGCUCUCUCACAGCUUGCACCCUAUAUAACAAAGCUCAAUUUGGCACGCAAUCGAAUAGUCAUCGAUCAAGACUUAAUGUUCAUGAAAGAUUUAAGUGUUUUAACAGAGCUUAUAAUGGAUUCAAAUAUGAUCCAUAAUUAUCAAAAUGAUGUCCAGGUCCUCCCAAAUGACAUUUUCAGAGAUCUGCGUUUACACUCGCUUCGCAAACUGAGUUUGAGUUCCUGCGGAAUCACUUCCAUAGGGCCGCGGGCAUUCGUCGGGUUGGAAUCAAUCAAAGAGAUCGAUCUCACCUAUAAUUAUUUAGAAAAUGUGCCAUCGGCAUUGUCACAUCUGCGAAAUCUGCAAAAGCUAUUCCUGGGUGGAAACGACAUAUCAACAAUAGCAACAAACAGUUUUCACUCUUUGACAAGUUUGGAAAAAAUAGUUCUAGACUACAACGAACUGUCUUCGAUAGAAAAUGGCGCCUUUGCAGGACUGGAAGAGAGUCUCAAAGAACUCGAGCUUCAUGGUAAUUAUCUACAACAGAUACCGUCUGCCGCGUUGAAACCACUGAGGAAACUUCUGUUUUUAAAAAUAUCAAAAAACGACAUCAGAACCAUCCACAAUGCAUUUCAGGGCAAUUACCAGCUAGACAUGCUAUAUCUUGACAGCAACCCACUGACCUUUACCAAAACUACAUUCCAGGGACUAGAAAAUUCGCUAGAGACUUUGUUUCUGAGGGAAGUAGGGAUGACAAGUAUACCCGUGUCUUCUCUAGCCCCUCUCAAAAUGCUAUCAUACUUGGACGUAUCUCAUAACCAUUUCCAUCGGCAAACGUUUGAUACCAGUUUAUCUACUUUAUCAAUUAAAACUCUGGUCAUGAGUAAUAACAGCCUCGUGCACAUAUCUCCCUCAGCAUUCUCAAACAUGCGACACUCGAUUGGACUCGACUUAGACAACAAUAAUAUAUCGGACAUUUCAUUUAUUGUCCAUGCACCCCUAUGCUCUUUCAGUUACGUAGAUAUAACGGGUAAUCCACUCGAAUGCGAUUGUGACGUUGAAGAAAUUUUGCACAGUGGCACCAUUUUUGACAUGGGAUUAACAGGUUUUUGCAAACUACGUAAUACUGUGUAUGAGCUUGGAAGCUCUAAACUUGAGGAACAGCUACAUGGGUUUUGUAACAGGAGUGAAAGGAUAGUUUGGUGCCCAGGAAAGUUCGAGUCGAAUCGUGCGGUGCAAUCAAACGCAGGAUUAACUUUGAUGAAUGUGUGGAUAUGCUUUGUUUCUGUUCUCCUUAACAAGAGCUACAAAUAAAAUA